AAAGCGAUGAACAAGAAACGGACUGGUUUACAUCAGUUUGUAACAAAGGUAUCAGAUAUUAGAAUUUGUGGGUCUUGUGUAUUGGAUAUGGCAAACAUUUCAAGUACUGCGUUACCCAUACGGAUGUACUCCGAGCGUCUAAAAUAUUUAGAACAUAAAUUAGUACAAGACGGGUCUGUGUCCAAUUCAUUUUUGAAUGAACGACCAGUGGAAAAUUGUCAGGAAUCCGUGGAUGCAAAGCCAAGUGUUCCUUAUAUUGGUAGGUGUUUUUCUACUAAAAUAGUUGUAGACUUAAGUCCAGCCUUGGCUGGAAUAGGUGUUGGGGUUGCCAGCAUGUUCUUAGAGGUCUUAUUAUCACAUCCAUUCAUCGUAAUAAGGAAUCAGUGUCAAGUUGUGGAAUCAAGUCGAUGUCUUCAUUUAACCCCUUUCACCCUCAUACCUGUUGUUCGAAAGUGUAUACAAUCUCAAGGUCUAUCAUUUCUUUGGAAGGGGUUGGGCAGUGUGUUUAUCAUUCGUGGUUUAAACCUUAUGACUGAGAAUCUCGUUUGUGAACUUACACCAUUACCCAAGGAGGUCUCCAAAUUGAGUUCGUCAAGACGCCUCGUAGGUCAUCUUCUUCUCAAAGUUUGUUCGUGGGUUGUUCUCACCCCAUUUUUCGCAGCAAGCAUUGUUGAACUUAUUCAGUCUGAUAAAGCUUCCGAACCAACUACCCUUCUUUCUUGUGUACUCGAUGGUUUUUAUCGCUUAUUUCACAUGCCGUCAUCCCCAAGAUUAGGCUCACCAGGUUCAAUGUUUCGCAGUGGUCAUAUUAUCAGAAGCAUCCCGAUUGCGACGUCACGUUUGCUGCCUAUUUGGCGUCUCUUUCCUCCUGUUGUUUUACUAAAUGUCGGUCAUUAUGUUGUUCGAUCGUUUGCAAACACUGCAGCUUUAUAUUAUUGGAGUGGUAAUGAGGAUCGUCUUGAACGAGAUGCGGAAAUGAACUUUAAUUAUAAGACUGAAGGCUUUAAUCGGAAUAAGUGUUCUCCUGGAUUUCCUACACCAAUCACACAUACAUCUAUUAGUGAGCGUCAUACAACGGAUAUGGAUACUUUAACUUACCAACGUCAGGACACCGCUUUACAGGCUAUUUAUGAUCGUUAUUAUGCCGACUUGUUCGCUGGAAUGACAGCUAAUUUUGUCGCAGAUGUUGUACUUUAUCCAGUAGAAACCAUAGUACUACGGUUGUGUGUACAAGGCACUCGUACCCUGGUUGAUAAUAUGGAUACGGGCGAUGUAGUUGUUCCCAUUGUUUCUUCAUAUGAUGGAUUUUUUGAUGCACUUCGCUCUAGCUUGGGCUCGUCUGUUGGAAUUCUGGGUUUUUAUAAAGGUUUUGGUGCUCUUUUAGCUCAAUAUACCCUACAGGCACUGUUUAUUUUUGGGAUCCGUUGUUUGUAUGAACAUCUUCUUUGUCUUUGGGCUCCUCCGCCUACUGAUAACAUAGUUUACUCAAAGUCAAGUUCCAGACCAAAUGUAUCUACCUCAUUUGAUGGCUUGGAGUCAGUUGCUGUUGGUGACUCUCCAUCUAUUGUUAAUAACUGGUAACUUCAUACGUGCUAUUGUUGUAUUAAUUUUGAUGAGUAAAAUUCGUCAUUGUUGUACAGUUUCAUGCUUAUGCAUUCAAGCAUCACUUUUAUAUCCUAACUUCACCUAAUGCCUAUUUAUUUCAUUUGUAUCAUUUCUUGGAGACUAUCUAGGCUAGAACUAAGUUGGACUUAAUAAAAAAUGUAGACUUUCAAUAUUAGAAAAUCGUUUUUAUUUCUCUAACAAAAGGAAGCAGGAUAAAAUCUCCAAUUUUCAAUUUUCACUCAUCAUUUGUGAAUUGAUUUUUGAGAAUUAUCUAAUUGCUCAUUUUUAGAUUUUCACAUAUUAAACUGUAUUCAUGUGAAAUUAUUGUAUAUUUUCUCUUUCCAUUGUUGGUGUAAGCCGUUUAGAAGGUGAAGAAGUUAAUUUUUCUCGUUGCUCUUUUAAAUCACUGGGUCACGUGUGGCUACGUUAGAAUACGAUAGAAUAAUCCAAUAAGUUUAUUAGUCCUUAAUAGUGUCGAAAAUGUGGUACAUCAAUCAAUAUUGUGCUUGACUGGAAAAAGAAUUCAUAUGCAACUACUUCUUUAUUAAGAAAUUCGUCAUUUUACUCGCUUUUGAUGUAUUUGAUACUGUUGUAGACUACUAUUUAGUCAUUGUUAAAAUAUGUUUUGAAUAUGCUCUCAAUUUCCCUAAUUAUGUACACUCAACUAAACAUUUCUGUUAGACGGGAAUAAAUGUGUAGAGACUUCUUCCUUUCUAUUUCAUUAGUUGUAUGAACUCCCAGUCACUCAUUCGGUAGAUUGCCUGAGUUAUUACAAUCGACUAUGCAGCUUCUGACUCUUGAUCUGAACCAUGUGGUGAAAUAUAGCCUUUUUGUUUUAGUUCAUCCUUGUAUAUGGAAUACACGUUUAGUAAUCGCAGGCAACACUACGGGAUUUCGACCAAAAUGUUCGUAUUUCGUGUUACGUAAUAAUGUGUUGAAAGUUGAGCAUAAUAUGAAUAAAACACUAUGUGCCGAUUUGCCGUGUUCACUUGUGACAUUCUCGUUCAUUUUAAUAUAUUUCACAUUUCUUUUCUCUUUCUAAGCUAUUGCAAAAUAUAGCGGUUGGAAACAAUGAACCUUUGUAUGGUAUUCUACGUUACUGUCUGCUUGUAUGGUGCAUUAUGACAAUCUUUGUGCUCGAAUAAGUAAAACAACUAUAAUAUUUAUGUGAAUAUGAUUGACAAAUUAAUUCAAGUACAACCAGAAUGUGUUUUUGAAGGUUUUCAAAAUUAAGACAUCUGGUAAGUGGCAGCUAUUUCAGAGGACAAUCUUCAUUAAACAUAAUGAACAUAAUCUUAUUUACUCUUGGUGUUAUUCGGAUCAUAUUAUACUUUGUCUUGGUAUUAGUAAUUGAAUCCAGUUUACUGCUAGCUACAGACCUUGUAUUUUCGAAGAGUAAUACUUACCAGAAACAGAUAAUAUUUUUUGAGAAUAAUUAUAGAUUCAUGAUUUUUUUAAGUCUUAGGUUUUGAAUCCUCAUCCUCCCUCUCUUCAAAUUCUCAUCCUGCUGCAGUAAAUCGUACUUUUGAUAUCAGUAGUUUGAUAUUGUAGUGUGUUAUUGGAUUUUCCGUCGUUCAAGUUUAAUUAUUAAGUAUAUUUACAAAUACUUUUGUAAUGAUAUUGAAUUUAUUAGAGAUGGUAAAAUUUCUUUUG